CAAAAAGCUUUGAAGAGGUGCCAAAACAAAACCAUGGCUAGAAUCUCUCCCACCUUAAUUUUCCAAUUCAUAAUUUCCUCCCUCCUCUCUUCCUUUGCCAUGACCAUAGUUUCUGGGGAAAAUCAUGGGUUUGUGAGAAGCAUAGACCCUAAGUUUAUAGGGUUGCAGAGAGAAAAGCUCACCCACAUUCGCUUGUAUUGGCAUGACAUUGUCGGUGGGCAUCAUCCCACAGCCAUAGAUGUGGUCCCACCACCCUCCAAGUCAUCACCCACAAAUUUUGGGUUAGUGAGAAUGUUUGAUAAUGCACUGACCCAAGGGCCUGAGUUGAGCUCAGAAUUGGUGGCAAGGGCUCAAGGGUUUUAUGCAUCUGCAGCACAAAAGGAGCUUAGCCUGCUGAUGGCACAGAACUUUGCUUUUGUUCAAGGUGAGUUUAAUGGCAGCACCAUAACUUUGCUAGGAAGAAAUUCAGUUUUCAACAAGGUGAGGGAGCUGCCUGUGAUCGGUGGAAGUGGAGUUUUCAGGUUUGCUAGGGGUUAUGCUGAAGCAAGAACACACACGUUUGAUCUCAACACAGGUGAUGCUACGGUGGAGUAUAAUAUUUAUGUGUUGCAUUAUUGAUCAUGGGUUUUGGCAAUUUAGGAUUGGGACCCUUUUGCUUGGUUUUGGUAAUUUGCUCCCCUAUGCCUUGUUGUAAUUAUAAAUUAUCAGAAGUUCAUAGUAUGACUACUUGUACUUUGUUCCAAAUUAAUAAAAGGAUUCAGAUUAU